CCCAAACAGCAAUCUAAAGGGACAUAGGGACGUUCUCCUCUCCAGUCUGUGACGAUGUGUUCUGCAGGAAAUGCUCAUUCAGUGCUUCUGCGAAGUGAUGGGAGGGCUAUUGCUUGCGGAAUGAAUAAUGCUGGACAAUGCGACAUUCCACCUUUGGAGGAGGGUGUGUGCUACACCCAAGUUUCCGCAGGAGUCUUUCAUUCAGUGCUUCUGCGAAGUGAUGGGAUUGCUGUUGCUUGCGGGUUUAACAGUACUGGACAAUGCAACAUUCCACCUUUGGAGGAGGGUGUGUGCUACACCCAAGUUUCUGCAGGAAUUUAUCAUUCAGUGCUUCUGCGAAGUGAUGGGAGCGCUGUUGCUUGCGGAGGAAACGAUCGUGGACAAUGCAACAUUCCACCUUUGGAGGAGGGAAUGCUGUACACCCAAGUGUCUGCAGGAGGUGAACAUUCAGUGCUUCUGCGAAGUGAUGGGAGUACUGUUGCUUGCGGGUCGAUCCGUUAUGGACAAUGCAACAUUCCACCUUUGGAGCAGGGAAUGUGCUACAUGCAAGUCUCUGCAGGAUGGGAUCAUUCAGUGCUUUUGCGAAGUGAUGGGAGUGCUGUUGCUUGCGGAUUGAACUGUGAUGGACGAUGCAACAUUCCACCUUUGGAGGAGGGAAUGUGCUACACCCAAGUCUCUGCAGGAAAUGCUCAUUCAGUGCUUCUGCGAAGUGAUGGGAGGUCUAUUGCUUGCGGAAUGAAUCAUGCUGGACAAUGCGACAUUCCACCUUUGGAGGAGGGUGUGUGCUACACCCAAGUUUCCGCAGGAGUCUUUCAUUCAGUGCUUCUGCGAAGUGAUGGGAGUGGUGUCGCUUGCGGAAGUAACGCUGAUGGAGAAUGCAACAUUCCGGUGUUUGCAACCGGUAGCUACCUUUUUGAUUGUGGCAAAGACUACAUUCUGCAAGUGGGCCUUGCCUUCAAAGAUGAUGCAUGGGUGCUGACAUGCUGUGACUUGGCCGGGCAUGAGGUGUUGCGAUUGAGAGCAAAAGAGUCUGACUUCGCAUGGGAUACGCACAAGCGCAUUGCGAGCGACUUGCAGGUUAACCUCCAAAGUCUUCGUUUGGUUUUGCCUGAUGGACGGUUGUUAGCUUCCAUUUGCAGGGCAAGUCCAUUGGCCACCAUUGCGGAUCUGAGUGAAGGGCAGUGGACCACAGUGAGGCGUGUCCCAUUGUCGCUUUGACCGUCGGUCGGACGACCAAGGGUCUCGCAGCCUGCGAGACCGCAGCCAGCUGCACAGCCAGCUGCGCAGGUGUCUGCCGGAACGAGCUGAGAAAGUGGUCGCAGGCAUGAUGGACGCAUCCAUUUGGCCACACACACACAUGGGUAAAUCACAAUGAACCUGGUGAAGGAUGUGAAGGUUCCACAAAAUCUCACACGUCACGCCAGAAUCCUUUGCUGACUGCAAUGAACUGGGAUGAAGAGAGCACUACAGUAAAGCCACAGAGAAAGUUGGACGAGGAGCGUCCGACGUGGUGUUGCUGUUACUGCUGAGAUCAGCUAUGGCGGGGCCUGGCAUCUGUCUCUGAAAGAUCGUACAACUUUGUCCAAGUAUUGGUACGGUCCAUGAUUGAGUUGCAGAGCAAUGCAGAGC